GCGCUCGCCCUACCGCUUCGGCCGCCUAGCCCAUCCCCGAGCCCGGCGGCGGCUGCAGCGUCGGUUCUGGGCAGGCACACUCCGGAGAGCCGGGCGCACACGCGGGAGCUGCGGGAGGCAGAGUAGAGUGGAGCCGCCCCGCUGUCGCCGCUCCCUCCCCGAGGCCGGCAGCUCCGCUCCGCGUCGCCGCUCCGUCCCCGCCGAGCCGACCCUCCCGCGGCUGCCCUCGCCCCCUCGCUCGCCUCCCGGGGCGCAGCGCGUGGCCACCCACCCGGCGCCAAAGUUGCGGCUGCUGCCCCGCGCGCGCUGCGCCCGGCCGCGCCAACUUCCCAGCCCACGCCGCCCGGGUCCCCGCGGUCCCCCCGCCUCCAGCCCCGGCGGCGCGCGGGGCAGAGCUUAGGUGGCGGCGGCGGCCGAGGUGGCGGCGAAAGCGGCGGCGGCGGCAGCGGCGGCGGCGGCCGCUGCAGCCUCACACUCAGUCGCCAAGCUGGAGGAGCGACGGAAGCCCGACCCCAGGAGGAUGGAGGAUGAAGCUGUCCUGGACAGAGGGGCUUCGUUCCUUAAACAUGUGUGUGAUGAAGAAGAAGUAGAAGGCCACCACACCAUCUACAUUGGGGUCCAUGUGCCCAAGAGCUACCGGAGAAGGAGACGUCACAGGAGAAAGGCGGGGCACAAGGAAAAGAAGGAGAAGGAAAGAAUCUCUGAGAAUUACUCAGACAAAUCAGAUGUGGAAAAUGCUGAUGAGUCCAGCAGCAGCAUCCUCAAGCCUCUCAUCUCCCCUGCCGCAGAACGCAUCCGAUUCAUCUUGGGAGAGGAAGAUGACAGCCCAGCGCCUCCUCAGCUCUUCACUGAACUCGAUGAGCUGCUGGCUGUGGAUGGACAGGAGAUGGAAUGGAAGGAGACAGCGAGGUGGAUUAAGUUUGAAGAAAAAGUGGAGCAGGGUGGGGAGCGAUGGAGCAAACCCCAUGUGGCCACGCUGUCCCUGCAUAGCUUGUUUGAGCUGAGGACGUGUAUGGAGAAAGGAUCCAUCAUGCUGGACCGGGAGGCAUCUUCUCUCCCACAGCUGGUGGAGAUGAUUGCUGACCACCAGAUCGAGACAGGCCUAUUGAAGCCGGACCUUAAGGAUAAGGUCACAUACACUUUGCUCCGGAAACACCGACAUCAAACCAAGAAAUCCAACCUUCGGUCCCUGGCUGACAUCGGGAAGACUGUCUCCAGUGCAAGUAGGAUGUUUACCAACCCUGACAAUGGUAGCCCAGCCAUGACCCAUAGGAACCUGACAUCCUCCAGUCUAAAUGACAUUUCUGAUAAACCAGAGAAGGACCAGCUGAAGAACAAAUUUAUGAAAAAACUGCCACGUGAUGCAGAAGCUUCUAAUGUGCUUGUUGGGGAGGUCGACUUCUUGGAUACUCCAUUCAUUGCCUUCAUUCGGCUGCAGCAGGCUGUCAUGUUGGGUGCCCUGACUGAAGUCCCUGUGCCCACAAGGUUCUUGUUCAUUCUCUUAGGUCCAAAGGGGAAAGCCAAGUCCUACCAUGAGAUUGGAAGGGCCAUCGCCACCCUGAUGUCCGAUGAGGUGUUCCAUGACAUCGCUUACAAAGCAAAAGAUAGACACGACCUGAUUGCUGGCAUUGAUGAGUUCCUGGAUGAAGUCAUUGUCCUCCCACCUGGGGAAUGGGACCCAGCAAUCAGGAUAGAACCUCCAAAGAGCCUCCCAUCAUCUGACAAAAGAAAGAAUAUGUACUCAGGUGGAGAGAAUGUUCAGAUGAAUGGGGACACACCUCAUGAUGGAGGACAUGGAGGAGGAGGACACGGUGAUUGUGAAGAGCUACAGAGAACUGGCCGGUUCUGUGGUGGAUUAAUUAAGGACAUAAAGAGGAAAGCACCAUUUUUUGCCAGUGACUUUUAUGAUGCUUUACAUAUUCAGGCUCUUUCGGCAAUUCUCUUCAUUUAUCUGGCAACAGUAACCAAUGCCAUCACUUUUGGAGGACUGCUCGGGGAUGCCACUGACAACAUGCAGGGUGUUUUGGAGAGUUUCCUGGGUACCGCUGUCUCUGGAGCCAUCUUUUGUCUUUUUGCUGGCCAACCGCUCACCAUUUUGAGCAGCACAGGACCUGUCUUGGUGUUUGAGAGGCUUCUGUUUAAUUUCAGCAAGGACCAUAAUUUUGACUACUUGGAGUUUCGUCUUUGGAUUGGCCUGUGGUCAGCCUUCAUGUGUCUCAUUCUGGUGGCCACUGAUGCCAGCUUCCUGGUUCAGUACUUCACUCGUUUCACGGAAGAAGGUUUCUCCUCUCUGAUCAGCUUCAUCUUCAUCUAUGAUGCUUUCAAGAAGAUGAUCAAGCUAGCAGACUACUAUCCUAUCAACUCUGACUUCAAAGUGGGCUACAACACCCGCUUCUCCUGCACUUGCCUGCCGCCCGACCCAGUUAAUCUCUCAGUAUCUAACGAUACCACACUAGCCCCAGAAGACCUGCCAACAGUUUAUUCUACUGACGUGUACCAUAAUGCUACCUUUGACUGGGCCUAUCUGUCAAAGAAGGAGUGUUUGAAGUAUGGAGGAAAGCUUGUGGGAAACAACUGUGAUUUUGUUCCUGAUAUCACACUCAUGUCCUUCAUCCUCUUCCUGGGCACUUACACCUCUUCAAUGGCUAUGAAAAAAUUCAAAACUAGUCGUUAUUUCCCAACGACGGCAAGAAAACUGAUCAGUGAUUUUGCCAUUAUCUUGUCUAUCCUCAUAUUCUGUGUAGUAGAUGCCCUGGUAGGUGUGGACACGCCUAAACUAAUUGUGCCAAGCGAGUUCAAGCCAACAAGUCCUAACCGGGGUUGGUUUGUCCCACCGUUUGGAGGAAACCCCUGGUGGGUGUGCCUUGCUGCCGCUAUCCCAGCCUUGUUAGUCACCAUUCUGAUUUUCAUGGACCAGCAAAUCACCGCUGUGAUUGUAAACAGGAAAGAACAUAAGCUCAAGAAGGGAGCUGGUUAUCACCUGGACCUGUUUUGGGUGGCCAUCCUCAUGGUGGUGUGCUCCUUCAUGGCUCUCCCCUGGUAUGUGGCUGCUACUGUCAUCUCUAUUGCUCACAUCGACAGUCUGAAGAUGGAGACAGAGACUUCUGCACCUGGAGAGCAACCAAAGUUUCUGGGAGUGAGGGAACAAAGAGUCACUGGAACUCUUGUGUUUAUUCUGACUGGCCUGUCAGUCUUCAUGGCUCCCAUCUUGAAGUUUAUCCCCAUGCCUGUUCUCUAUGGUGUGUUCCUGUAUAUGGGGGUGGCCUCGCUCAAUGGUGUGCAGUUCAUGGACCGUCUCAAGCUGCUUCUGAUGCCCUUGAAGCAUCAGCCUGACUUCAUCUACCUGCGCCACGUCCCCCUGCGACGCGUCCAUCUCUUCACUUUCCUGCAGGUGUUGUGCCUGGCUCUGCUCUGGAUCCUCAAGUCAACAGUGGCUGCUAUUAUUUUUCCAGUCAUGAUCUUGGCACUUGUAGCUGUUAGAAAAGGUAUGGACUACCUCUUCUCCCAGCAUGACCUCAGCUUCCUUGAUGACGUCAUUCCAGAAAAGGACAAGAAAAAGAAAGAGGAUGAGAAGAAAAAGAAAAAGAAGAAAGGAAGUUUGGAUAGCGACAAUGACGAUGAGAAAGAUCAUCAACAUUCCUUGAACGCCACACAUCAUGCUGAUAAAAUUCCUUUCCUUGAGUCGCUGGGUCUACCAAGUCCUCCUAGAACUCCAGUGAAAGCUGUGCCUCAGAUUAGACUAGAACUUGAGCCUGAAGACAAUGAUGAUCCCAGGAGGAACAAGGGAACAGAAACUACAUUGUAACCUGUUUGUCUUCUCAAAACUGAGAGUUACCUUGUUAACCGUUCUAAUUUUCCACCACCACCCCCCUUUUUUUUGGUCUGUGUAUUUUAAAACUUGGUCACUGGCUGAAUAACACAGUCACCCUCUCUGCUUCUCUCUUGCAUAGGUAAAAUCAAGACGAUAUAGUGUCCCUUUUCUUUAAAACAAACCAACAAACAGAAACAGCGCCCGAGGAACCACACUUUUGUUUCUGGGCGUUCAGAUGUGUUGUUCUCUGAUGUGGAAAUCCCUGUCACUCCAGACUCACGCAGAAGCUGCCCUCGUCAAGCAGAGAUUAAAAGUAUUAAGAAUUUUGUACCACUUUUUAUGACACUGUUGAAGGAAUUUAGGACCUAAGCUUGGAGCUGUGCUUACUGGCUUGCCCUUGUCUGGUAGAGCAGCCUUGAGCUCCAGACAGAGUCCCUUCCUGCUUACAGAGCCCCCAAGACUGGAAACGUGCUGCUACCCACCUGCCCUUGCUUGUCAGCCCUGAUCUUAGAGUUAUCAAAAGCAGAAAACACUAAAGGUACUUCGCUCCCUGUAGAGAAAGCUUGGCCAUCACUGUAGCAAGUGCUGGAAUAUGUCCCUUUUCCUAUGCAACUUUUUUUAACCCUUUAAUGAACUUAUCUCUUGGGUACAUUGAACAAUAUUUUUCUUCCUAGAUUUUGUUGUUUAAAUUAUGGGGCCUAACCUGCAACUUAUUUUUUGUCAAUUUUUUAAACUUUUUUUUAAUUACUGUAAAGAUAAUGGAAUUCUUUUCCUGCAGCAGGAAACAUAGUUUUGAGUAGUUCUACCUCUUACCUGUAGCUGCCAGGCUUUCUGUAAAAAUUGUAUUGUAUAUAAUGUGAUUUUUACACACACACACACACACACACACACACACACACACACUAGGGUA